GCAUAGUGAUGUUUUGGUAAAUGGCGACGUCCACAUGACAAGGAACUAUAUAAUCUGUAAAAUGAAGUUUAAGCUUUAUAGAUUAGCUGUUUUAUUUGUAUUUAUGCCAUAUAUUUACACAGAAAAAUGCCUGGUUAACAACAAAGACUUUUCUGCCGUUGAAAGGUUUGGUCCCUGGGAGGUGAUAUCAUAUGAUGGUAACAACACUUACCAAAUAAAUCUGUGUGGGAGAGUCCCUACCUACAGUGCAGGGGUCGGGAAACCCAACUGCCACAAUGAUACAGUGGUGUGCAUGGUCCAAGACGGCCAGGCCUUCUCCCUGGCCAAUUACACCAACAACACAAUAAAUUCCCCAUCGAACGACCAAGAAGCAGAGAUGUGGAUAGUGAGGAACGGCGAUGGGUGUCCUGAUUUGGCUGGAGAGAAUCUGAACAGUAUCAUCAACCUUAAAUGUGGCAAAACUCUGGGUUUUCCAAAGUUUCUUGAGCAUACAUACUGCACGUCAUACUUUGAAUGGAGAACUAGCUAUGCCUGUCGGAAUAUGCCGGUAUCUCAUCACGAGGUCCCCUGCUAUGUUUACAACGAAAAGGGACAGCUGAUCGACCUUAGUGCACUGGUGAAGACCCAGGGGGGGUAUUUGGUGGACUCGGCGGAGGGAUGGGAGUUCUACAUCAAUGUGUGCAGGGACAUCACAGCAGGUACAGGGGACAAAACAGCCCAGUGUCCCCAGGGUAGUGCGGCCUGCAGGGUGAAAAAUGACACGUCCAUAGACAUGGGCCACACGAACAAGAAGUUACAGGUGGAUGCCAGGGGCCACCCCACCCUCACCUAUACCUCCAAUGUGACCGUCCCUGGCUGCACCGCCAAACCUAAAACAACCAUCCAGUUUGUCUGUCCAGAGUCUGGCGGGAGUGAGGACCCCCAGCUUGAAUUCGAUUUCAACUGUGAGUACCGAGUCUUGUGGAAAAGGGAGCACGCCUGUCCAGAUGUGGCUGUGACUUCAUCCACCUGUCACCUACACAAUCCACAGAGAAAUCUCGACAUAGAUCUGAGUCCACUCACAAACUCACCAGGUGUGGAUAAACCUUAUGAAGUGUACGUGAACGCCUCGGGCCCGGGUUCUCGCCCCAUGAGGUACUACAUCAACGUGUGCGGAGAGCUGGGGAUACAGUGCCCGGACGAUGAGAGCGUGAGGGGCGUGGCAGUCUGUCAGACCAUGGUGGGCAACUCCAGCUGGGGCCACGUGCUCGGGAAAACUGACCACCAAGAACUCAAAUAUGUAGAUGGCCUGUUGACUCUGACCUACAAAGGAGGAGAAAAGUGUAACCACAACCAUUUCCAGCGAGAGACCAUCAUCAACUUCCACUGUAAUCACUCCGCAGCGUACAACGGUCAGGGUUGGCCGGUGUUUAACAGGGAGGAGGACUGUAGCUACCUGUUUGACUGGGACACAAAGUACGCCUGUCUGGACCACCCUGUCAUAGAGGAGUGUCGCGUCAACCACAACGGAAAGAGAUUCGAUUUAUCUCCCUUGGUCAAACACACUGGUAAAAACUGGAACGUGUUGGAGGGCGGGGGCCAAGACGGGCUGAGUAUGUACUACAUCAACAUAUGUAGUGACCUCAUCCACAGUGACCAGGCCGCGCGCUGCAAGUCUGACUCCUCCGUCUGUCUCCUAGAUAAUUCUGGGGCACACAGUUUGGGUCGCUACCUCCAAAACCCGACCUUUGACCCGCGAUCCAACACCAUACAGAUAACCUACACGGAGGGAGAUCCAUGCCGGGACAACACACAGAAAAAGUCCUCUGUCAUCACAUUCAUUUGUAAACCAGGAGACAUGGACAGUGGGCCUGUGUUUUUGAGACGGUCCCUGGACGAGUGUGUGUAUGAGUUUGAGUGGCAGACAGCGGCCGCCUGUGUCCUUUCCAGGGAGACCGGCUCUGGUUGUAAGGUGUACAAUGAAGACUUGGGAAUAAACUUUGACUUCAAUAAGCUACAGGCUGCGGAGGGCCACUAUUACAAUGUGACAAACGGAGAUUACGACUACAUCCUGAACCUGUGUGGACCGGUGAAGAACACCCUGUGUGACCAGAAAGCCUCACAGGUGACGAACCCAGGGGUGUGUCAGGUCAAGCAUGGAGGGACAGCAGCGGAUGCUUUUGUCACUGGACAAGCCAACACUAACCUCACAUAUUACGAUGGACUUGUGAAGAUCAAAUAUGAGCAGGGGGAAAUGUACAACAGCAACCCUCCAACCCCGAGACGCACAGAAAUCACCCUCAUCUGUGACCGUCAUGCAGGGCGGGGGUCCCCUGUAUUUGUAGAUGAAGGGUUGACCAGCAGUGGAACCUAUACCUUUGCCUGGAACACAGAGUAUGCCUGUCCUAGCAGUCCAAUAGAGUGUACAGCCACAGGAGGUGGCAGGCAAUAUGACUUAUCUAGUUUGUCAAGGGGAACAGAUGAAGAGAACUGGGCGGUGGUGGAUGAGUCCAACCCUGGCUCCAGGAAGAAGUUCUACCUGAACGUGUGCACCCCCCUGAAGGAGAUUCCAGUGGGGUCGGGCUGUAGUCCCUUUGCAGCAGUCUGUCAAACUAGUUACCAGAAUUCACAGGAACAGCUGGUGUUUGAUAACCUCGGGGAGGUGACCUCGGGCCCCACUGUGGAGGGGGAGGGACUGCUGACUCUCAGGUACGUCAGCGUCAAGAACGAGUGCCAGGGGAAGAACUGGACUUCCACCAUCCACUUUGUCUGCAAGAAAGGUGCCCUGGCUAAAGGUCCCAACCCCCCACAGAAGAUAGGGGACUGUGAGUACUCUUUUGUGUGGGAGACCGAGGCGGCCUGCCCAAUAGCAGACACGAACAUCGAGGGUAAAAACUGUAGCAUCAAGGACCGCAACUCUGACUACACGUUCGACCUCUCGCCUCUACGUAAGAGUGGGGAUCAAGAUUUCUAUGAAGUUACUGCCAUGGGUGGAUAUAAGAUCAGGAUGAACCUGUGUGGUAGCAUAAAGUCACCACACUGUGCGGCGAUAGAGGGGGCGGAAUCAGCUGCCUGUCUGGAGACCGCCGCGGGACUGUCCCAGGGACUUGCCACCCUCUCCCAUACUCUGGACUAUUCCGAGGACGGCAGACUCAUGAUGACCUUUGAUGGGGUCAGGCAGCAGAAUGGUCAGAGAACCCAGGUGAUAGUUCUGUUCCUGUGCAGACAGAAUAUCCCCCUUGGGGCCCCAGAGUUUGUCCGGAAGGAAGAGAAUGCCUACUACUUUGACUUUAAGACCUCCCUGGCCUGUCGCCCCCAGCCGGUGGACUGUCAGGUACAAGACGAGAAGGGAACUCAGUAUGACUUAUCUCCCCUGGCCCGCGCCGGGACCAACUGGCAGGUGUUGGAUACUCGGCCGGGAUACUCCGACCUGACUUAUUACAUCAACGUCUGUCGACCAAUCAACUCUGUGGCUGGAUCAACCUGCCCAGGGGGCCCUGUAGGGGGGUGUCAGGUGUCCAACUCGGGCCGUGCCUUCAACAUGGGGUACAUUCAGUCCCAGCCGGUGGUGGCAGGGAAUGGGACCCUUACCCUCAGGUACAUCGGGGGCGACCGCUGUCACAAGGGCAAGCCCAACGAGGCCCCCCGCAGCACCAGGAUCAACUUCUUCUGCUCCCCUUCAGAGCACAGUCCGGCCUUUGAGGCAGAGACGGACACCUGUGAGUACAUCUUUAACUGGCUGACCCCCGCCGCCUGUCCGGUACAGAGAAUUGUGGGUCAAAACUGUGUUGUGUCAGACCCCCUGUAUGGCUAUUCCUUUGAUUUCAAUAAACUCCGCAAAGCUGAUGCUAAUUAUCUGGUGACGUCUGGGGAGUAUGCAUACGAACUGAAUGUGUGUGGUCCCCUGGUCAAAUCCAGCAAGUGCACAGACUCCUCCAUAGCAUCCUGUCAGACCAAGCCAGCCGACAGCAACUUCCAUUUUGAUGCAGGUCACAGCAGUAGCAGCCUGGUGUACGACUCAGGGGAGAUAACUCUGACCUACGACAACGGACACCUCUGUCACCAAAAGUAUAACCGCUCCACCGUCAUCACCUUUGUCUGCGACCAGUCCAAAACCGGUCUGGCGGGUCCCACCUUCCUCAACGAGACAGAGGACUGUGUCUAUCAGUUUGUGUGGCCCACCGCCCAGGCCUGUCCCCCCUUCAAGGUCGCUGACUGUGGGCUUAGAGAUCCCAGCGGGGGGCAGUACGACCUGUCCAGCCUUUCCCUGAACGAUGACAAUUAUCAGACCAUUGACCACGUCGCCAAGAAGAAGUACAUUUUUAACGUGUGUCGCUCGCUUGUUCACCAGAAAGGGGAGACCUGUCCCUUCAAUUCAGCGGCCUGUAUCGUUGAUCUCGGCGUCACAGAUCCCAAGAAGAAGUUCCACAACAUCGGGGAGGUGAGCGAGCAGCAGGUACAGUUCCUGGACGGUCACCUACAGCUGGUGUACACAAACGGAGAGGCGUGUAAGGAGGACCCCACCAAACACGUCACCACCCGCAUCCUCCUCUACUGCAGCAAAGACUCCAUUGACACCUCUCCGGCGGGACACUUUCAGGUGGGGUGUGAACACAGAUUUGUGUGGCAGACGGCGGCCGCCUGUCCCAUUCAAACCUCCAAGGGCGAUGGAGCAAACUGUACUGUCACUAACCCCUCAACAGGCUAUGCUUUUGAUUUGAGUUCCCUCAAACGGUCCGAGGGAUACACAGUGGAUGACAGGAAGGACCACAAGUUUACCCUCAACGUGUGCGGGGCGGUGGCUGGCACCACCUGUGUGGCCUCAACAGGUACUUGCCAAGUGGAAAAGAAAGGCGAGAUGAGAGCGUUCAGUGCUGGGAAAUGGAACGCCAAUCUCCAAUACGACGAUGGCAUUCUGUUCCUGAAUUACUCCGGGGGAGACAAAUGUCAUAACAACCAGUUUGAGCGGAACGUCAUCAUCAGCUUCAUCUGUUCCCAUGGGGCGGGGCAGGGUCAGCCAGAGUUCAUCGCUGAGACUGGCGACUGUACUUAUCAGUUUGUCUGGCACACAGAGUUAGCAUGUGAAGAACAGGUCAGAUGCUCUGUAGAGAAGGAUGGCUACACAGUAGAUUUGUCUCCCCUGAUCAAGAUGUCUGGUCAUCACUUGGCAGUGUCUACCGCAGGACAUGGGACAGACACGGAUGGCACGUUUUACAUCAACAUCUGCAGGCCUCUGAACCCCAUAUAUGGCAAACUGUGUCCCCCAGGGGCCAGUGCUUGUCAGGACAGAGUUGGAAAGCCACCCAUUAGUUUAGGUAAAGCUAGAACCCGACCACAGCUGGAUCCCGUGUCCAACAAGAUUGUCCUCUUGUAUGACCACGGAUCUCCCUGUCCGUCCAACCCCGCCGCCAACAUCACCUCCAAAAUCGUCUUCAACUGCAAACCAGGACCUUUAGCUGGUGUUCCAGUUUUGGAGUACGUUGCUGGAUGUCAGUACAUCUUUGAGUGGGAUACCAAUGUUGUGUGUGAGAGAAACAACACAGACACUGCAAAGGGGAAAUGUGUGUAUCAGGACCCCGUCUCGGGGGCGUUGUACAACUUCACUGGACUCAGAAAGGCACAGCCUAUCAAGCUGAUCCAGAAUGACCCUCAGUACUUGAUCAGUCUGUGUGAGGGAUUAGGAGAGGGGUACCCGGGGUGUGAGCAGGCCUCUCUGUGUCGCUGGAACGGAACUCUGGGUCAUGGGUACGGUCAGGUGACCUCCGGGGAGUUCAUCUCGGUAGAGGAACAGCUGAAACUGGCCUACAAGGACGGAAAGUCUUGUAAUGGUAAAAGUGAAGGCUUCAUUAACUUUGAGUGUGAUCCCAACAUUUACCCAGGAUCCCCCACGAUUAUAUUUGCGAAGGAAUGUUCUGCGACUUUUCAUUGGUUGACUCGAGCUGUUUGUGCCACUGUAGCCGACCAAUGCACACUGGCCUAUAAUGGGCACGUGUAUGACCUCAGUGUGUUGUCAAGGCAACAGGGAAGCUGGAAUCUAACAGAUGCUCAAAGAAACACGUACUGGAUAAACAUCUGUCAGGGUAUACAUGAUGGACCUGAUCCUCAGAUCUGCUCGGAAAGAUCCGCAUCGUGUCUCAGGACUAUUGACGGGAAAAUCCACAACCUAGGGACAGUCACAUCUCAGACUUUGUCCAUGGAAGAGGAUAGAAAGACCCUGAGGCUGGAAUACACUAGCAAUGAUUUGGCGUGUACCGGUAAGCACCGACGGAGUGAUAACCUGAAGACGAGAACCAUCAUUCACUUUGAGUGUGGAAAUUCUGUAGGAGGACCAGUUUAUAUUCCCAGACAGCCUAACAGUGAUGAGUGUGUGUUUGAAUUCCGCUGGAAGUCUACAGUGGCCUGUCAUGUAGAGAGACACAGUGUUAAGGAGAACAAAGGCAAAAUUAUAGACCCGGAAUCUUCUUCUGUGAUCGACAUAACUCCUCUCUACAUGUUAGUGACUGUGCCUGGAGAAUCCACGGAAUACGAGAUUGACCUGGCCGGAACAAGCACCUCCUGUUCCCCGGGCACCACCAUUUGUAAGGUCGACAAAUCACAGGCCACCAAAACAUCCCUGGGUCUGACCACUGGUCACCAGUUCUAUGUGGAAGAUGACAUAGUAGAAGUUGUAUUUCAAACCGAGCAGAUCUGUGAUAAAGAUAAACAGAAGAAGAUUUCCAGUAUUCUACAGUUCCACUGUAAUCCCUGGGGUGAUAGUAAGCCCCAGUUUCUCUUUGAUUCUAUGGACUGUACUUAUAUGUUUACCUGGGAAAAUCCACAUACCUGUGCUCAUCCUGUUGUUGUGAACCCUCAGCCCCUUCCAGUUGAUAAAGCGGGCACAGGAAAUGGGUCAACAGGAUCCAAAUCGGGUAGCACGGUGGGGACCAUUGUAGCGGUCUUCCUGUCGGCCAUUGUGAUAUGUCUACUUCUGAUUGUGUUUCACAAAAAGGAGAGAAGGGACGCAGUAGCUUCCAGACUUCGGGGGCUCUUCAGAAGACAUUCCAGUUCAUAUAGGUAUAGCGAGAUUCCAUCAAGUGAAGUGGAAGAUCUUCUCCCAGAGAUCUCGGCCAGUGACCUUGGAAUUCAGGGGUCAGUGCAGGUCACUACAGAUAGCGAGGACAUAAGUAUAUUACGGAGCGAGGAGUCUCCGGCGGUCAUCAGUUACCAUGACGACAGUGAUGAAGAACUGCUGGCAUAACACAAAAGAUGGCGGAACCUUCCUUAUUCAUAUCAAUAAAUAAAUAUAGCAGAUUUGUGAUGGAUCAGGUCGUGAACUAUGAUACAAUCUAAGAUGCUCUCACAAAUUAUGUGAUGACAUUUGACAAGAUGCUCUUUAAAAGCUGUGAUGAAAGACUGCUUUAUGUAUUGUAGCAAAAUGCUCUUAAGAUUUCAGUGCUAUUAACCUCCCAGUAUGUUGUUCUGAUGUGCGUAAAUGCAUAAAUUUAAUGUUAGGAAAGAGCUUGAAGGCAUGGUGUCAAGAUGAAUUGAAUUGUUCUUUAAAAUGGCGUAUUAAAGCAUCGUUUGCAUAUGGUUGUAGUAAAUGAACUGACACGCGCUUCCCACAAUGCUUUAUAUUCAGCCAAUAACUUAUAUCUUGCAAAAUAUUCAUGGAAUCGUUCAUAUGCUAGAUUCAUUUUUAAGUCCCAAUAAUUUAAGCCUUUCAUUCAUACAAUUCAAAGCACUUCAUGAAUUUUAAAGACUAGUAUAUUUUUGGUCUUUGUCUUGAAUCUGAAUCUAUUUAUUGUGGCAUUGAACCAUCCCACAAUAUUAGAUACAUGUAAUUAUUUUAAGAUUUGUAUCUAUGUAGAGCAAGUAAUGGACAUUUUAUUGAUACUGGUAUUAAGCAGCACAUUUUAGUUUCUGUCUUUUUUACUGGAAUUUUUGUUUGGUGCCUCAUAUGUUACAGGCCUAUAAACAAAAGGUUACUGGUCAUUUAAGCAAUUUUCCUUGUCAAUUAAGGUGGCUCACUAUACCUUGGAAAAUUAUUUGAUUAUGAUAGAUAAGAAGUAUAUAAGUCAAAUAUGUGAAAAAA